UUCCGUCGGGCUCCUGGGAGGACUCUGGAAGUCUGCCCAGCGAUGUAUUAGUCACCGGGACCUGCUGCUUGCGCCACCCUGUCUUGAUGCAACCCGUGUUUCUCCACACUCGCCUGCACCCUGACUGGAAGUGGUUUGGCUCUGAGCCCUCCGGCUGCACAUCCCGUGACAGACAGACUCUCCGCUACCCCCACACUCCAGCGCAGUAGGGAGUGGUGAUUCCUGCAGAAGGAUUCUCGGUUACAGCAGUCUCUCACUGGCUGCCCCCUGGAGAGGGCACCGUUCACUCCCGAGCUGCCUCUGUCAAUCUGAUCUCAGCCCUCAGCACUUCACUGACCAACGACCGGGGUUCAGUAGGUGCGAGGAAUCAUCGCGAUGGAGAGUUGGAACGGACCGGCAUCACUCCUUUUCACCGUGUUGUCUCUCUGCUCUGGCCCGGGAAGCCAGGCAGGCUCCCACAGCUUGAUGUAUUUCUACCUCCAAACCGUCAACAUUCCUGACCUGCCAGACUUCUCCAGGGUCGGCAUGUUGGACGACCUGCAGAUAGACUACUACGACAGCACCCUCGAAGAAGUAGAAACCAGUCAUCAGUGGAUCGCAGACGGUCUCUCGGCUGAGUACCGAAAAGAGCAGAAAGAAAUCACAGACAAGCUUCAUCAGCUCCUCUCUAUGCAUCUGAAACAAAUCGGCUCGUUCUUGAGUAUCAGCUACAUCCAGGGAAUCUGGGGCUGCACACAAUCUGGAAUUAUGUUCAAUGCGAUUCUAAAGUUCAACAUCCCACAUAUUGGGGAGAUCAGCUGUAAUAUCGCCAAAGAGAAGUGUACGGGCACUGGUUUGCUAGCAAUGUUCAACGAUCAGCUUAACCUACUCAGUGCUAUUUACACUGCUGAACUGAAGAGCAGCUGCAGUCAGUAUUUGCAGAGAGCUCUUCAGCUUGCUGAAGGGGUACUUGAAAUGCAAGUUGCUCCAGAGCUUCAGGUGUUAACAAGGAAGCCCACAGCUACUGAAGGCCAGAGUCUCCUGUGCAUCAUCACUCCCUUCUACCCUCGCGCCAUCAACGCCACUUGGCUGAAGAACGGACAGGUCGUCUCCGAGGGCUACAAGGUGACCGUGCUACCAAACUACAACGACAUGUACUGGAUGGAACUUGUCAUUGAGCUGCAGGGCAACAAUCCGGAGAUGUAUACCUGUCAGGUCCAGCACAGCAGCCUGCCAGAGACACUGAUGCUGAAGGGAGGCGUUGGGGAGCCCCGUGGAGCUGGUCCCAUGCUGGGACUGAUGGCUGUGCUGGCGAUGGUCAUUGGAGCGGUGUAGGGGAGCAGCAAGGAGGGAGCCAAGGCGUCAUUGCAGAUGAGCGUUUGGUCCUAAUUCAAGUCCAGCUCUGAACAUGGGGUGGAGACUCUGCCUGGUUUUGUGAUGCGUGGCGGCAAACCUCAGCGAGCUUAGUGUUGCCUCCGGUGUGGUAACCGGUUGGAUGAAUCUUCUGCAGCUUUGCAGCACUCCCGUUUAUCAAUGUUUUAAAGUUUUCUCAUAUCUCACUCAGGAUUCAAGUUUUACUUUGAGCCUCUCAUCCGUAAGGUCCUGCCUGAGAUGAGUUGCUCUCCCAACCCUAACUCCACUGCCAAUGCCGUAUGUCAGACCCUUUCUGUGAAGGGUUGUGGCCAAGGCACAUUAAUGGGAAAGAGCACAGGAAGUUUUACUGGGCAAUUGGAAGUGCCUCUCUGGAAGUGGGAAUGCCUGUUGUGGACAUUAGGUACGCUAGAGGAAUUCUUUCCUUAAUGGGAGAUUGGGAGGGUACAACAUUUAGUUUAAAAUAUGAGCAAAAACCACUCUAUAAUGGGGUAAUUUGGGGAUAAGGUAGAAUUAUAAAAUAUGAUAAGAUAAGGUAUCUUUAUUCAUCACAUAUACAUCAAAACACACAGUGAAAUGUAUCUUUUUUUACUUGGAGUGUUCAGGGGGCAGCCGCAAGUGUCGGCACCAACAUAGCAUGCACAACUUCUAAUCUUUGGAAUCUUUGGAAUGUGGGAGGAAACCAGAGCACCCAGAGGAAACCCACGCAGACACGGGAAGAACGUACAAACUCCUUACAGACAAAGGCCGGAAUUGAACCCUGUCGCUGGCACUGUAAUAGCGUCACGCUAACCACUACACUACCUGCCCUGAGAACCAGACAAUGGUGUAGAUGUGGUUACUUCCCCUGUUGUGAGGUUGGACAAACUUGGGUUGUUUUCUCUGGAGUGUCGGAGGCUGAGGGGAGACCUGAUAGAGGUUUAUAUGAUGAUGAGAGACACAGAGAGUGUGAAUAGUCAGUCUUUCUUUCCCAGCAGAGAAAUGACAAAAACCAGAGGGCACAGAUUAAAGGUGAGUGGGGUAAGUUUAAAGAAGAUGUUCGGGGAAAGCUUUUUACACCAAGAGUGGUGGGGGCCUUGAAUGAGCUGCCCAGGGUAGUGGUGGUGGAAGCAGACCUGAUAGUCGCGUUUAAAGACAUUUAGACAGACACAGGAACGUGCGGGGAAUGGAUGGAUAUGAAUCAUGUGCAGGCAGACAGGUUUAGCUUAAUUUGGCAUCAUGGUCGGCACGGACAUUGUGGGCCGAAGGGCCUGUUCCUGUGCUGUACUGUUCUAUGUUCUAAAAUCUAAUACAAUGAUGUGUAAUGCUGUUGUAUCACAGAACUGUAUGGUACUGGGCAAUCUGCAGUGAUAGAGGUGACUGCCUUGUCGAUAUUACGGCUCUGGACAGAGGGAGCAGUGAUUUGUUUGUUACCUGAAGACACAGUAAGAAAGCAAGUAGAACUGCCGCCUCACUGCUUCAGUGACCCAAGUUCAGUCCUGACCUCCAGCACUGCCGGUGUGGAGUUUGCACGUUCUUCCUGUGACCGCUUGGGAGCUCCUGGUUUCCUCCCUCAUCCCAAAAAUUGGCCACCGUAAGCUUCCCCUGGUGUGUGUAGGUGAGUGGGAGAAUCUCAGGGGAGUUGAUGAGAAAGCUGUGGGGCGGGGGGGAGUAAAAUGGGAUUGGGAUGAAUGAGUGGUGAAUGGUUGGCACGGACUUGGUGGGCCGAAGGGCCUGUUUUCAUGCUGUAUGUGUAUUUGACCUGAUACAAAGGAGAGAAUCUUGCAUGCAGGAGGGCCUGUCUUGCACUGCUGGGUUGUAAAGAUUUCCCUCUCUGCCCCUUUGCCUGAAGGACAGGUUGUGAGCAAGGCGAGGAGCGUACUCAAGACUGACCUUUCACCUUUGGGACCAGGUCAUCACCCAGACGAUGCUGAUGACCUCUACAGGUGUGGGAGAUCCCGAAGGUUUGGGGCAAUCUCAGUCCAGCUUAGAACGACCAGCGAUUUGUAGCUAAAUGACUUGUCACCUGAUCCCAGGAAUGCUGGAACGGGACACGGCACCCCUGUGUUAGUCAAUAUCUCCUCCAUGUGUUGGCGAGUCACGGUGGAACGUUUGUGAUCCCGGCACUGAGUACCAUCCAGGGAGUGUCUGGGAUCAGGGACCCCUUCGUGUUAAGAAACCUGAAGUGAGAUCACCAAGCGCUAUUAAUAAAUGUUCUCUAUCAUUGUG